AUGGACCUGCCGUCGCCUCGAGCCGGUGAAAUACCGCCUGCUCUCUCCCCACUCGAUGCUUUCGCCUUACACUCACGCGCCCUCGCGAGGAAGUUGGAGGAGAGUUCCAAGGCUGGACGACGCAUGAGCAGGCUGCCACACCAGGACAUCGCCGAUGAACUCGCAAAACGACCCGGAUAUUUCAGAUCUGUCUCGAGCGGCAUUGAAAGUCUGUACGACGAAGACCAAGAGGAGGACGAUGAUGAGGAAGAGGAGAAUCAAUGGCGACCCCGCCUGCAAGCGCAAACACCCAAUGGUGCUGUUUACCGCCCUGUGUCGCAUUACCCCAUGCUAGGAAAUGUCGUCCGAGACGAUCAAGAUGUGCCUAGCGUACCAGAACCUAUCAAGGAAGCGGAUACUGAGCACGAAGAGAAGGGCUAUUUUGGCAUAAAGGUGCCGCGCUCUUCAUCGCCAGAGCCAUUUGAUUCCAGGAAUAUCAAAACCGACGAAGCCUCUCCCGCCUUGCCUAGUCUCACCAGCAGUAUCGACUCGAUCCAAUCCUCGCAACCACGGACAUUGACCAACGAAUCUUCGAGAAGACAAGACAACAAUCUGGCACCUCCUCGGUCGCCCGUACAUCCAAGAUCAGCGCGUAGUAUCGCUAGUAUUAGGUCGGUCAUCGACAGUGCCGAAGAGGACAACGGCAGUCCAUCUGGAUCACUUGAGGUUGGCCCAUCCAGGAAGGCACGUACUCCAUUCAGCCCGGAAAUGCUGCCCGUCUCUCGUUCUCCUUCAAAUUUGUCCGAGUACUCUGUAUCUUCAGACUUGCCUCGCCCAUCCUUCAACUUUUCCAGACCGCGAGGCGACUCGCUCGCUAGGCCAGGUGCCGAAAUCAAUUUGACGGUCGAUACCCGGCGUGCUAUCGAACGGCAGCCAUCUAAUGACUCGACAAUGUCACAACCCGCCAGAAGUGCCAACUCGACGCAAACUAUGCGUGUUAGGACUCCAGUCGGUCGUCAAAACUCGGACAGCGCAACAGACAUUUCUGGUGCUUUGUCGGACAGAGACUGUUUUAGUGGUGAGGAGACUCCAAUUGUACGACCGGGACCGGGUGCGCCCUCGUACGUAUACUCCAAGUACUCACUGCCCCGUGGCCGUAUGCUCGACAGAGAUUCUGUGGAAGCAAGAUCUUCAUGGGCCCAGCACCAGAUCAAAUGGGAACAGCAGCCUACUGGAUUGGAGCCCAAGAUAGCCGAGAGUCCUCUACCAAGCCCGAAUCUUGAUAACCCUAUGCUCAGCCCCGAACCUGGUACACCGCGCGGGCAGAGUCCAGCAUCGGGGUCAACCCGGGAUAGAUCGGCCGAGUAUCCGGCUCCUUCACCUAGCCGGCUGACUAAAAAGACCACACCUCAAACCCCAUCAAUUGCAUCCGAAAGCACAAAUCGUACAAUCAGGGCAGGAUCGCAUAUUCGAAACAGCCCUUCCACUGACAUAGCUGGUCUAUCACCAGAACAACAUCUCGAAAAAGGCAUUGAAUGCCACUCUUCAGGCUCUCUCAGCAAAUCCACAUAUCAUCUUCGCUUGGCCGCCAAAGCUGGACUCCCCACAGCAAUGCUGCUGUAUGCUCUCGCAUGUCGACACGGAUGGGGCAUGCGUCCCAACCAAGCCGAGGGUGUAUCAUGGCUGAGACGCGCAGUCGAUUCCGCUGGAGUGGAGUUUAUCGAAGACAGUAGUAACGACGGCUCACAAGCAGUAUCGAAGGAACAAAAAGCACGCAAAGCCCAGUUCGCACUUGCCAUCUAUGAGCUUGGCAUGUCAUACAUGAACGGGUGGGGCAUCCCAAAGGACAAGUCACUUGCAGUCAGAUGUUUCGAGAUUGCUGGAAGCUGGGGCGAUACGGACGCUCUUGCUGAAGCGGGGUUCUGUUACACCCAAGGAGUUGGGUGCAGGAAAGACUUGAAGAAGGCAGCGGAGUUCUACCGCCAGGCUGCGGACAAGGGUAUGAGUAUGGCGGGCAACAGUUGGUAUGUUUGUCUCAGCGUAUGGUGA